GUUGCAUUUAUUUAAGAAUGGAGGUACUAUAAAAACAUCAUUUGACUGACUAGCGUUGCUAGGUUGGCAAUCCGCAGGUUGUUACAAGUCGUGGUCAGGUCUCCCGCUCAGCUAUCUUGGAGGAAUCUAAAACCCAUUUGUAUUUCUGCUUGCGCGCUUCUUUCUUUCUCUCUCAGAAACAAAAUCCACAGACUAAAGAAGAUUUCGGACCGUUUGUAAUCGGACCGUUGGCAAUCCGCAGGUUGUUACAACCCUAUCACCAAGUCGUCGGUCUAUUGGGCGCUAUCUAUAGGGUAGAGAUCAUGUAAAAACACCCUCUAACAUAAAAAAUGGGAAGGAAUCGUGGAUGUAGAAAUCAAGCAAUCGUACGGUGGACAUAAAAUUUGCUCCGUGAUACGGUGCAUUGAAUGUGAGGACAUUAUUUCUCUGAUUACAAAAUUGAUAGGAGGCGCAAUAGAGGGGGUAUAAUUGUCUUUCAUUUCACUUACCAAUUUUAAGAAAAACUUAUCUUGCUGAAAUCGGUGAUACACCGAUAAUCCCACCUUCCCCUCUCCAAUUAAUUAUUACUCCCUCCAGUUCACAUUCUUCUUUACACUUUCCUUUUUUGUCAGUAUCACAUUCUUCUUUACACUUCCUUAUUUGCCUUAUUUGGCAAACAAAUCUACAUAAAACAGUGUCAAACAGUGUCCAAACAGUGCCAAACAGUGUCCAAACAGUGUACUCUACAGUAAAGUCAAAUUUAUUUUCUUAAAACUUGUGAAUUCAAAGUGUCAAGGAGAUUAUGAACCGGAGGGAGUAAUAGCUAAAGUAAGAAAGUGCAGAGGUUUGCACUUGUCUACAUAUAUGGUUUGCGGGUGGAUAGCAAGGGCCAAAAAAGUGAGAAAAUAGGCACGUUAUGUGUAUGUAGGUUGUAAAAUACCAUUAGUGGAUUAAUUAAUGCAAAAAGUGUAGAUAAGGGAAUAUAUUAAUAUAUGACUGCAGGGACCACUUUGAAUAUAGUGGAGACUGACACAAAUAGAGGCAUAAGAGCUCAAAAGAGGGAUAAAGUGGGAUGUGAAAUAUUGAAAGAAAAAUUCUUUUGGUACACCUUGGGUUACACCUUGGUGUACACCCUAUAUAAUCCCCAAUUCCUUAUUUCUCCCCUCCCAACUUUUUUCUCUCCCCUCUCUCACACUCUCUUCUCUCCACUCCUCUCCCAUUUGAAUCAUACAGUUCCCCUCCCUCCUCUCUUUCUUCUUUCCUUUUCUUCUUCUUCAACAUCUUGUUCUUUCUUCAUUCUUUCUUGCUUUCUUCCUUUCUCCUUCUCCUUCUCCUUCUUCUUUCCUUCUCUUUUUGAGGUUUUGUUCACCCUAAUCAUCUUCAUUAUCUUCAUCACCAUCUUCUUCUUUUUCUUUCCUUCUCACUUUUUACAUUUUAUCUACACAGACACUGGUUUGUUAUAGUGUCUACGUACACAGACGAAAAUUGAAUAUAUAUAGACACUUUUUUAUACAAGACAACUAACGUCUGUGUACACCGACACUUGUUUUCCAACUAAUUUUUUCACACCGACACUUUUUUGUCUACACAGACAAGUAGACAACUAUCGUCUGUGUACACCGACACUUGUUUUCCAACUAAUUUUUUCGCACCGACACUUUUUUGUCUACACAGACUACUAACGUCGGUGUACACCGACACUUGGUUUCCAAUUAAUUUUUCACACCGACACUUUUUUGUUUACACAGACAACUAAUGUUUGUGUACACCGACAUCGGUUUCCGUGCAACCAACCUGACAAAUCUGGAAACUAAUUUUACUCACACCGACACUUUCAAAGAAAGUGUCUGUAUUUGUGUGUUUUCUGCCUGUCUGUGAGAAGGGCAAAUAAAUGGGUGUACCCAAGGUGUACCAGAGUCUACACCAAGAACUAUUGGAUAAGGAUUCCACCGCUAUCACACCCUGUCCGAAUAUCUUCCCAGUAGACCCUUCCAUCUCCCCUCAUAUCCUUCAUUCUGUAGUAAGCAAAUUGCUCUGAGAGAAUCCGUCUCGAGGAUGAAGUUCGAAUACCCCCUCUCUGUCGCCCAUCUGAUUGCCGUGUUGCAAGCGUUGAGUUCAGCAUCAAGAGGAGAGUCAGCUUGCAGACGAAAACUCAGACCCAGAGAUAAUUUGACCCUGAGAAUUACGCAUAAGAGCUCCCCCAGACGAUUGCCCAGCUGAAAAGGAUGAAUCGACAUUCAUCUUCAGAUUUGGCGUGAGGUGAACGUUGCUCAUCUUCUCCAUCUGACUUCCUGAAAAGCAGAGUUAAAAGAGAAGUAUCCAUCCGUGUUUGGUAACCAGAAAAUUUUACCAUUAGCAUCCAGAUCACCCCACAGCCCACUUCCCGGUUCCGCCACAAAUCCACCAAAAAUCGAGCUGUGUGUGGGAAAUGAGGACAGAAGUAUUCCGAAUUGAGCACAGGCGAGAAGAGCAGAAGAGAUGGGGUUUCAAGAGUUCGAAGUUGAAGCAUAGGCGAGUAUUCCGAGUUGAAGCAUAGGGUUUCUCAACAGAAUUUACUUACACAGAAACCUGUUUACUCUUCUGAUACCAAAAGGUAUUCAUCAUUUACCUCCUUUGAGUUUUUAUAUGGAAACAUAUUGAUGUGAUUAAAACCGAUUUAAAAAUAGUUAUUUGGGGAUGUGCUCAAAACAAUUUUAAAUAAAGCUGAGUAUAGAUUAUAGUACUAGCUUAGUGAGGUAAUAGUAAUGUAAUUCUAAAGGUAUUGGUAAUGUUGGGCCGAAUGGCAGUGCCUUCUUGCCGGUGUUUUUUGGAUUGGAACUCUUUGAUUGUGAAUGUCAAUCUCCUUAAGUUUUCUUAUAUAUAAAUACGACCUGGUUGUAAUUUUGAAUGCAUGUGCAAGGCAAUUGCAUGACACAUGUAAUCGAACUGAUUUUUUCUAAACAUAAAAACUGGUAAUAGAGCCACGCACCUAUUUGAGUGAAAUCAUUUGGGUGAAGCUUAUGAACUGAACACCUAUUUAAAUACAGCUUAUCCGGACAGAUAAUUAAAUGAAGAUUCAAUGAAGAUUUAAAGACAAAAACUUUGAAGAUAAAUAUCAACAACAAAAACUAAAUAACUAUAACUACACAUUAGUUCUUGAAUAUAUAUUUGAACUGAUUUUUUAUUGGUAUUAUUGUGCUUUGACAUUUUUAGUUUGCAUAGCCAUGAAUAAUUGGCCAGCACAUGCAUCGAAGGUGGUUAGUGUAGUUGUCUGCAAUUCCAACGGAAACACUCUAGGUUCUUAUGGAACAUGAACUAUCCUUCACAGCAGUCCUAACACCAUAACAGUGUUAACAUGCGGGCAUGUUGUGAAAGAUUAUUUCUUAGGGACUCGUGACUUUGUUCAAGUUCAUCUCGGGCCAGAAGAAGUGUAUCCGGCAGAAUUUCUUACCACCCAUGAGGAAACAAAAAUGGAGGUGGCGCUCCUAUUUUGUAAGAUUGCUAGCAACUCUGACGCGAAUUAUAUUCCUGAGUAUUGUACAGACUUGAUGCUCGGUAUGGAAGUAUACAUGGCUGCAUAUCCCUUAGGAAUCCCUCGAUUGUACGUAAGUCAGGGGAUUUUAAAUGCACCGGAGAAGGAAAACAAUAAGGUGAUGCGGCUGGUUAUGCAUGAUGCUAGUUCACGCGGAGGCUUUUCGGGUAGCACACUAGUGGAUGUCUGUGGCAAAGUAUUGGGUAUACAUGUCACAACGGGUCGAGAUUUCAAACAAGUGGUAGUAAUAGAACAUCUAUUUAGAGUCAUAGAGAAUUUCAUGAAGAGGAAUGGUCUGUUUGCUGCUGACCUUUCUGGAUGGGUUAAUUCCAAGAAUGCUUACGAGUACUUGGCUAACAUUGCAGAAUUCAAGGAAAGAGUGGCUGUUUAACACUCGGAAAUAUAUGAUCUUUUUCUUGAUUUUGGCUCCUAUGUUUUGUAUCUUUGAGGUUAGAAUUGUAAAAAGCUAACAUGAUUCACAUGGAGUAGAAUCACAAUAGAUUUUGCAAUUGCAAUGACAAAGUAGUUUCUUUCUCAUGCCAAGACACUGGUAUAAAGCAGAAAAAUGAGUUAGUUGCCCAGUUCAUGCUCAAGAACUCAAAUUUCAGUAUAUUCUAAGAUUUGGGUUCCCAUACUCAUUGAUGAUGAUGAUGAUGACACAUGGUAUUUUUCAUUGUACUUUGAUCUUGCACAGUUACAAACUUACAUGGCACCCUUAUCUCACCUACCAGUCUACCACAUCAGAUGUCUAUUAAAUUACUUGAAUUUCAAAUACUAGGUAUAUGAGUAACUUAGAAACAAGUCAAACAACUGCAGUUAAAAUGUAUUAAAAUGUAGAACUAUGUUGAAAAGAAGAAAGCAAUACUCUGGUGUAAUACAAGAUAUGAUUGUGCAUUUGGGAUUGGCAUGACCGAAGGAAGUGUUUCAAGGUACCUUAUAAGAAUAAAUUGGAUAUAGGAACUUUGACGUCAUGUUGUCAUUUCUAAGAAGUUGGGGCACCAAGAUGCCAAAUUGCUACAUAAAAGUGUAAAACUGUACAAUACAAUAUGCACACCGUUGAUGGUACAUUGUAUCCCCAUCUUUUAAUUUCCACGAGAUUUUAUCUCCUACACCUUUUUGGGCGAUCAAACCAAGUCUUAAUUUACAAUACGCAUUGCUGAGUUUAAAAAAAACUCAUUAUGUAAUCCAAAUAGAAAUAAAUAUCCUUUUUUCACAACCCAAAAAUCAAUGAUUAUUAAAAUACUACAAUAGUUGUUUAGCAACAGAACACCUAAAAACUCUAAACUACCUAGUAUGAACUAUGAAUUACGAACUAUCAUCUAUCUACAAAAAAGAAAUUGAUUUUUACUCCCAAAAGACUUCACCUCUUAUAGUGUUCUUUUAUCAGUUUUUUAUAGAUCUUUUGAUAGUUUUUUGUGUUAGAGUUUUUUUUCCUACACGUUUUGUCAUUGUGAGUUUCAUUUUUUCUCACUAUUUUCUAAACUAGUAGCAAUUUUUUGUAAAGGGUUUUUUUGCGCUAGUUUUUUUCAAAUAGCUUUGCUUCACUUUUGGGAUUGCAAAAUUUUCAAUAAAGUUUGUUAGGAUGUCUCGAACAGUUCCGUUUUGUCCCGGUUCCGAUUUAAAUGGACACAAAAGGUCAAAGUUUUGUCUCGUCCCGUUAUGAACCGUUAUUAUAAACCGGGUUCAGUAGCGUGACAAUCCAAUUCAUGUUCCGUCCCGGACCGUGUCCACCUUUAUUGCAUAUUUUCUAAGGGAUGACAAGUGGUAGAGAAUGAGGCAGACGAGCCGAGGCAAAAAAUAAAGAAAUUCAAGGAAUUGGCGUGGAAAUUUAUGAAUUAUCUUUCGGCUGAAGUAUUUGCAGUUGCAGUUACCUAUAUGCUAUAACGAGCCUUGGUCCACCAAAACAAAAUAUUUUUGGGGAGGACCUGGGGAUCAGGUCUGGCCUGACCAGAAACCAGAAAUACAAGUAAGAUUUUUUUUUUGUUAUUACUAUUUUUGGUUCAAACUCAUUUUAUUUAGUUAUUUAUAUUGUAUUUAGACCUAGGAAAUAUAACCAUGUGCAAGGUUUUUUAAAAAACACUAUUUUAUUUUUUCCCUUGGCAUUUUCCGAGCUAAAUCUAAGCACAAGAAAAUAACUCUCUUAGCAUUUAUCUUCUUUUCCCUAUAGCAUUUUGUAAGAUCCAAACAUACCUUUAGUGUCCCUUAGGUACUCAUAAAAUCCUAGGGAAAGAGGAAAAUCUCAAGCAAUACUAUUUUCUUACAUUUGAAUUUGACUUGGGAAAUGCAAUGAAAAAUAAAAUAGAAGCAAUUACAAAUUUAUGACAAAAAUAAAGAUUGUUUACAAAAAUAUGACUAAUGACUACUGACUAGAGUAGUAAUGAAAUAAUAGUAACUUAUGCUCACGUUUUAAACUUAAGUUACCACCAUACUAGAUUGUAGUCAGGGUCGAAGCCAGACUAAAGUGGUGUCAAACAAAGGAUUAUUAGCUUACUUUAUCCCAAACUAUCAUCAAAAAUUCACAAAUCUAUCCUACACUUUCAUUUUUUAAAAACAAAAGACUCAAACUUCAUGUUUUUCAACAAUUAUGCUUUUUUUUAUUAUACAUCUUUAUCAAUACAAUAUUGUAAACUUAAAACUAGAAAAAAGUGAAGAAUAUGAUAUAUAAAUAUAAUUUUCUUCUUGAUUUUUACUAAUUCAUCCAUUGAAAGUGUAAUUGUGAAAAAAGUUGAAGUUUGAGCCCUUUUUUUAAUAAAAGUGAAUGUAUAGGAUAAAUUUAUGAAUGUCAUGAUAUUUGGGGAUAUGAUUAGCUAAUAAUCCAGAUUAAGUAAUGCAUAUUGUAAAUGAAAUAAAGCAUACACAUAAAUAACUAAGUGAUUUUUUAAUAAUGCAUAAACAUAUUCGGAGUAAAUAACUAAGCAUUUUUAAAAUACGUAAUGCAUAAACAUAUAAAUAACUGAAUAUUUUUAUGUAUUAGUAAAAAUAACUUUUGUGGUUUUAUGAGAAAUUCUUACAACAUUACUUAUUAAUUUAUCGUGUUCACUUUACUCAAUCAUUCAAUACUUAUUUCAUUUAUAGUAUUCAUACAUCAACUAAAACAAGAGUAUAUAUUCAAAAUUUCAAAUCUAUUGAAAUCAACAAGUAUUAAUAGAAAAUAACAUUUGACUUCCAACACUGUUCAAAUUAUUGAUUGGAUAAUCAUUUUUAUUUGGCUAAAGGGUCAAAUAGACCCCUGAACUAACUUAAAGUGUUCAAUUAGCCCCAUAUGUAAGAGGUUCAGCCCGGUCAUUGCCAAUUGGGGAGGUUCACGGUUCAAUUUUUUGAUGAAAUUUUUUGAGCAUCUUCUUCGUUAAGUCUAGUUUACCCAUACCAAAUUUCAGCUAACAAUUCAACCGAGAAGGCAGUCAAAUGAUUUUCCGAAAUGUACUGUGUUGUUUAACUGCGCAGUUAUCUUCAAAAAAUCAUUUGACUGCCUUUCCGGUUGAAUUUUUAGCAACACAUUUGUGAAAUCAUUUUGAAAUCAUUUGUGGUUGAAUUCAUCUUGAACAUUAUGAUGAACAUUUGAUUUUUUUCUCAAUACAAGAUCAACUUCCAAAUAUUCAAAAUCAACAUUUUGGUCAUGUAGAUUAUCAGCACCGUUCUAAAAAUCGACCUAGUCAAACCGAUUAAUCAACCUAGUCGGCGUUAAUUGUUAAUGGCUAAUCGGCCUAGUCAGGCAAAAAAUCGGCCUAGUCGGCCAUCUAGGCGUUAAGCGCUAUUCAACUGUCUGACUAGCACCUAAAAAAUUUUAGAACAAUGAUUAUCAAUCAAGUUAAUUUCACAUUCAACAAUUAUUUGAUCCAAUUCUUCAUAUAAUAAUAAUGGUGAAUCAUUUGAAUUAACGUCCGAACAACUUUGGUGCUCUGGAGUUUUUUAAAAUUUGUGCACACCAUCAAAAUAUCUUUUCAUCCCAAAUCGCAAAAUAUUGAUAUAACAUUCAUAAAUACAAAAAAAUUAAUAAUUAAAUGUGAACAUUCAAAUAAAUUUUAAUAAUUCAUCCAAAAAAAAUGAAUUAAGAAAGCCAAGCGGUUUAGGUCCAAAAGAGUUCUCAAAUCUAGGCCUGGACUCGGGCCGGGCGGCCCGACCUGGAACCGGCCCGGCCACUGUAGCAACCGGCCCGGCCCGGUGGCCCGGUCCACCGGCGUUUCGGGUCGAACCGGCCCGGUGGUUCCCGGUUCCGGGCCCGGGCCUUCCAUAUGGUGAACCGGCCCGGCCGGUUCGGGCCCGGUCCGGGCCGGAAAUAUUUUUUUUUUUAUUUUUUUUUGAAAAUUUUUUAUGUUUUGGGUUAGAUUAGGUAUUUUGUCCAUUUGAGGUGGUUUGGGGGGGUUUGGGGUUGAUAAAGAGGGGUAGGGGAUUAAAUAAAGAAGCCAAAAAAAAAAAGGGCAGGUGGCCCAGCCCGGAACCGGCCCGUUCUGGCCCGGAACCGGCCACCCCCGGUUCGGGCUCGGGCCUCAAUAUUCUGAACCGAGGCCCGGCCGGGCCCAGGCCCGAGGCCCGAACCGGCCCGGUUCAGUCCACCCCUACUCAAAUCCAAGAGUUCAUGUUCCGUUUUUUGAUAAACUUGUCUGUUUACAAUAAGGAAUAAAAAAAUGGCCGUGAGAGCGAGCAGCAAGGAAGUCGAUCCCUGAACCUCAGGCAAAAAGACACACUUUUAACGCGACAGAGAAACCAUUCCUACACGCCAUCUUUUAAGCAUCACGGUAGUGUUUUGUGUAUAUAUACAUAUAGUGUAAAAUUUUAUAUACAUUAUAUAAUAUAUAUAAGUAUUUUAUUGGAGGUCGAUGGGGUCCCUGGACCCCGUGGGUCCCUUAGUGGGUCCGCCUCUGGAUGUAAAAGAUAUUUCCGAUACUAAUGAGAUGACUCAGCAGUCUAAGGGUGACAAAUGUAUCUUAAACAAGUAGGAGUGGUGCGUAUAAUGUGAAUUUAAUAAAAAUCUUGUAAAAUGUAUAUUUGCAAACAAAAAAAUUAGUGGUGCGUAACACUAAAAUCGGUUGAAUCUAAUGAGAAAUUGUGUUGAAAUUUUUGAAGUUAUGUCUGAAGUGACUGUAUUGAUUAAUUAUGUUGAUUUAUGAAUAAAUUAUAUUCAGAAUAUAUUUUAUUAUUAAAAUAAAGAAAAAAUUAUAUGAAACAUCUACUAUAAUUUCAGCCAAUACAGCCAGAAAAGUAACCUCAACUCUAUCUUUCUUUUUAUGACACAAUUCAGCGCGCGAAAUCAAAAGUUACGUGUUUGAUUAAAGAGUUGGUUGGUAAGCUUGAAAAGUCGAAAAACAGAGUUACCAAAUAGGCUCUUAGUGUGAUAAUUCAUUUAUCCUUUUUUAAUAUAAUAUAUAAGCUUUAUACUAACAUAGAGGUAAAAUUCAAAUUAUAUUAAAAUAAUGAAUCGUUGGCCACUUUGCUGACAAUACAAUGAGGAAUUACAUCAUAAUUGACCCUCUGAUCUGAGAUAACAUGUGUCCUUGGCUCUUUGCUAAAGUGUGAGGAACAUGGUUCGUAGACCGUUUACAAAAAGAGACACUAAAAUUAUUCUUUGUUUUUAUAAAUUUUCUGAUGUCAUCAACCAUGAGGUGAAGAUAAGAGGAGUUGUCCCUUCGGUUAAGCCCCUAAACCACGGUGAGUACAUCCAUCUCGAUCUCCACAUUACUCCAGCCUACCCAGCACGAAACUCCCUGAGCUUCGAUAAAUUCUCCAUGCAAUCCAUCCCCAAGUCUGAACCGUUUACGUUUUUUUCAUAUAUUCCAAAGAAUAGAAAAGAACUUGCUCCUGGCCUCCAUGUUUGAACCGUCAUGCUGCUGCCGCAGCCUCCUCCACCGAGACAUGCACCGGCCCCGUUGGGAUCCCCGCCUGCAGUCAUACCUCGCGUAGCCGAUCACAAGAGCGCAUCACAUGGUCCAAGGACUCCUCGCCACAUAGUUUGCCUAAAAAGGAGAUUUCUCCUUUAGUGGGUUUAGUUGAAUGUUCCGUUUAGGUCACACCCAAAUAUGAUGAAACGACCUACCAGUCUACAAUCGUCUAGGUUUUAAAAGCCAAGUAAGUUUUUCCCCUAAACAUAGAUAUGCUCCUGGCUUAAAACCUAAUCAACUUCCAAACAAAAAUCCUCAUGCUAACAUGGCUAAUGUUUCUACUGAUCCUGCUCCUACUGAUAUGGACUUCUGUGAUCCUGAACUCCAUAACAAGUUCCUUCAAUUCAUACAAAACCAGAAUGUUAAAACUGCUUCUGCACGACUGCACAUGUUGCCAUGACUACUUCUGUUGAUACUGGCAUGAAAUCUUCCCUUGAUGAUCAUCAGUUUUCAACUAAUGACUCUACUUUUCUAGGACCACGGACCACGGACCACGGACCAUCUCAUCAGCAAAAUGAUUGGUUAUGCUGAUAUUCAUAAUGGAUUAUACCAUUAUAAUCCUGAUACAUCUAUUCUCCCAAAACAGAACCACUCUUAUGUUGUUAAUUCUGUUAGCUCUGAUUGGGCUAAUUGGGCUGCUCACUAUCUGGCCCAGGAAAAAAUGGAUCAUAUGAAAAUUUAUAAGGAAGUGGGUCAACUACCUAUUUUAGUUAAAAGAGCUUUUUCGGCUGAUUUUUUUGGUAUUUCUUCAUUUAGGAAUAAAUUCCAAGCUGUUUGAUACUUUAUUUUGUUUCUUUUUUGGGAGGUUUCGGUUUGGUCCCCCUCUGCUGUACUCAAAUUAUUUUAAUAAAAUUCGGCAUAUGUCCCCCGAUAUAUGUCCCAAUGAUUUUGGUGGUUGAC